AACAAGUUUUGACCAACUACGGAUACAUAUUAUAAAGGCUGACUCAUAUAGACCUGCUAUCAUCAUUAAGACUUGCAAUAGGGAUUUGAGUGGGUGCAUCUUUAACUUCUGGUCUUAGAAUUAUAGAGCUGCAAGGGUCCUUUGAAAUCCUUGAGUCCCACCCUCUGAUUAGUCCAGUUUAAAACAUCGCAGAUGGAUAGUUGCUUAGCUUCUCCUUCAACACAUCCAAUGGAUCAGGGAUAGUAUUCACUUACCUUCGCUGCAGAUUAAAACCCACCAGAAUCAGGCGGGCUUUUGUUCAAAAGCAACGUUCUUUCAUCCCAGCCAUGAACCUUGAAGUUCCAAAACCAGAAUUCAAACCUGCCACCAGGGUGACUGGGGGGCCUGUCACUCCUAGGAAAGGCCCUCCCAAAUUCAAACAAAGACAAACCAGGCAGUUCAAGAGCAAGCCACCAAAGAAAGGUGUUCAAGGGUUUGGUGAUGACAUUCCUGGUAUGGAAGGCUUGGGAACAGAUAUCACUGUGAUCUGUCCCUGGGAAGCUUUCAGCCACCUGGAGCUCCAUGAACUGGCACAGUAUGGUAUCAUUUGAAGAUGUAGAAGCCAGAAACAGGCCGAAUAUAUGCCUUUCAUUCAGCAAGCAAGAACAGUUCAUGAGCAUUUGCAUUAUCCAUAUUCCUAGCCCUGCAAAUUCACUCUCCCAGUAGCAGCCUGUUGGGGCCUGUAGCAAUUGCUCACUAAAAUAAAAUCCAAGUGAAUAAA